CUGCUUAAGCCGGUGAGAAGGAUAAGUUGCACUUUAUAUAUUCUAUCAUGAAGAAACACAAUUAAAUCGAACAUGCUUUUUUCACCUUUUUCAUUUUUGAUUGAGGUAUCUUUUUUUCGAUUUUUAUAAAUGUUUGAUGUACAAUGAUUUUUAAUAUUUAUAAAUGAGAUAGUUUGACGACAUUGGAAAAUGUUAUGUAAACAAACAUACUCUGACUAUCAAAUAAGUCAUAAAUUUAAGUAAAGUAAACAUAGCAACAAAGAUUGCCAGGUGAUAAGAGCUUUUAAGUUAUGAAGAAGUAUAUUUAAACAAUGAGAAUGAGAAUAAUAAAACCAUAAAAGAUAUGUAAUAAAAAAUAAGACUUGUUAAUAAGGAGAAGAUAUGUCCAUGCAGUGAUAAUAAAUUAUGAAGCUCCAAAAAUAAAUGCGGAAUUUGUAGGUGAUGAAAUAUAAAUAAUAAUAUUAUAAUAAGUUAUAUAUAUGUAUUGUCUUAGGAGACGAAAGAUUUUCAUUCUAAAAUUUGAGGAGAUAAAAACAGUAUUAUAAAAAAGGAAUAUUUGUUAACAAGAAUCAAAGGUUCGUAGUGUUAACAGCGUAAGAAGCAGAGAAACAACAUAUUGUGAAUAAACUUGGUGAAGAGGAUAGCAAAGGUACCAUUAUCAUGGGCGAUACGGAUUCCAGUGGAUAUAUAUCAGUUAAAGGAAACCGCCCUGUUAGCUCAAGAACAUUUGCGUCUGAAACUGAUGUCGAGAUCCACCCUAAUGUCAUACGUGACGAGUAUAAAAACCUGCGGGAAGUCAGUGAAGCAAUCGGGACGCAAGGCAUAGAAUCAUGUCACAUGAUAUUUGGGAUUGACUACUCUAUUAGCAACAACAGAACGGGGGAAAAGACGUUCGGUGGCAAAAGUUUGCAUUCAAUAGAAGAGAGUGGUCUUAACCCAUACCAAAAGGUGAUUUGCGUUUUUGGUGAAACUCUAGAACCGUUCAAUCAAGGAGAAAACAUUCCUGUGUUUGGUUUUGGAGACUUUAAAUGCAAAGACAAGUCUAUAUUUGAACUAAAACCAGGGGAGAAAUUACAAACAGCUAGCGAUGUAUUAGCUGCUUACAAAGAGGUCACACCGAUGGUUAAACUUGCGGGCCCAACACAGUUAGCCCCGUUGAUAUAUCGAGCUAUCGAUGUAGUCAAGGAAACAAAGAAGUACCAUAUCCUCAUUAUUGCUACCGACGGACAAAUUCCAGAUAAGGAACCGACAGCGAAGGCAGUCAUUGAGGCUUCCGAUUACCCACUUUCCAUCAUCGUUGUUGGCGUCGGCGAUAGACCAUGGGACACUAUGAAACAGUUUGACGAUGAACUCCCUAACAGAAAGUUUGAUAACUUUCAGUUUGUAAACUUCCACGAAGUAAUGAAUAAUCGAGCAGAUCCGGAGGCUGCUUUUGCGCUUCAUGCUUUAAUGGAAAUACCAAAGCAAUAUCAAUAUCUGAAAGAGCAAGAUCUGAUUCAUUGAGCUGUUGUGAUUGUUUAUAGACAAUGUUUAUUAUGUUCUAUAAAUUGAAUAUGUUGACGGCGAUAUAUUUAAUAGACUAUAAAGUAGUGUAAACUUUAGGGAUUAACAUACAAAGAGCAAUGUUGUUGUACCUUAAUAUUAUACUAAUUCUAAAGGAAAUUUCCACCGGAACCAAUACUUCUAUUAUUCUAUGUAUAAUGUAAGUAUCAAUUCUAAAAGUAUUUAUGUAUUCUUUUUUGGAGUAUGCUACUUCUUCCAUUUUGUCAAGUAGUAACUUGAAGUUUUAUUAAUUUUCAUAUUAUCAUUUUGAUUGUAUAUAUACUGGUUUCCUAGCAGUUUUCCGGCCCUUUAUAAUUUUCGUCCAGUUCGGUCUAUUUUUACCAGUAGGGCAUCUAUGGGACUUCAUUAAGUCAGAGAGACAUUUUCUAUGCAUCACAUCACCUAAAAUAAUACAGCGAUUUAUAUGUUUUGAAGCUUUGUCUGUUGUUAAAAGUUACCUUAGAGAACAUGCGAAAUUUAAAAAUAAACACCACCUGGGGAAUUCUGGUUUAAUGGUCCUGCGCAAUAACCGAUACCCAAUUCCAUGUAAUCAAUACUUUUGAACAAUAUAUUUGCAAACGACGUGGAAAAGGUUGGGAAGUUCUAUUUCUUUGAUAAAAUCAUCUUAACAUUUCUUACUGGUACUGAAUUAUAAAAAGGAUCCGUAAAACUGCUAUGAGAUUUUGAAUAAACGUGAAAAAAGGUGUUCAGGCCUAUAUUCCAAUUACAAAGUAAAGUAAAAUAGCAACAUUGAAAACAUGGUUAUGCUGGACAGGUACCUAACUUUGAUCUGUCAAAGUUUUGUUCUCGUCCGUAGACAGUUUUUAUUUUAUUUGUUACAAAGUGCGAUUUGGUGCCGGAAACUGCUAGGAAACCAGUAUAGUAUUUUUAGACAUUUUGUUAUCACGAAUGUACUUUCAUUCUAUAUGUUUUUGUUUAAGUAUGCAGUUAUGAUGAACAUAGUAUAGAUCUGAUUCUAUAUGAAACAAAGCAACACAAUUAAAAUUUCUGAGUAUUGGUAUGAAAACGAUUUCUUAACAUUUCAUUGUAAUGGCUAUACAUGAAUAUAUGUAUUUAGAAAAUGUGUCUGUUUUUAUCUUUUUAAGUUUUAAUGCUAUGAAAAAUC